AUGAGGUGUACCUCCACAGGAGGUACCGACCACUCUUGGCACCCUUCGCAAGGCUAUUCCCUUGCAAAGGACCUUCUGCUGGGUGCCGACGUCUACGGAGUAAUCAUCUGCCAGGGCCUGAAAAAGGGAAGUUCUCAGGAACCGGUGGCACAACAGACCUCUCUAGGAUGGAUACUGUCAGGCAUCAUCAAUGAGAAUGCACGCGGCCAACGUAUUUCCUCUCACCAUUGCCAGGUAGAGGAAGACCUCACCUGUUUGGUGCGUCGCUUCUGGGAACAAGAAGAAGUUCGCCGGCCGUCUCAGCUCUUCUCUAAGGCCGAACUAAAGUGCGAAGAGCACUAUUGCCUGCACCAUUCACGCACUGCCGACGGCUGGUACAUUGUGCGUCUGCCCACGAUUGAGCCUCUGCCGGACCUAGCAGGAACAGUUCGCUCCGCCCGCCGUACUCUGCAACACACGGAGAAGAAAUUUGAGAGAGACAGCGAAUUUCGAACCAUGUACGCGGAAUUCAUGCGACAAUACUUGGACCUGCGCCACAUGAUGCCUGCUCCUUCGUCGACGGAAUCGCAUCCGGGUGUUUGCUACCUGCCGCACCACGGGGUUUUGCGUCCGGACAACACAUCCACAAAACUGAGGGUCGUCUUCAACGGCUCGAGCUCCUUGCCAAACAGAGACUCCCUCAACAAAUAUCUCGCAAAGGGACCGAAUUUGCUUCCUUCACUGACCGACAUCCUGCUGCGUUGGCGACGUCAUCGCUACGUCUUCAUGACCGACAUUGAGAAGAUGUAUAGGCAGAUCCUGGUGCACCCUGACGACCAAAGCCUGCAAAGAAUAUUGUGGAGAAAGAACGCUAACAACGAAAUCAAGGAGUACUGGCUGGAUACUGUUACUUACGGUCUAUCCUGUGCUCCUUAUCUGGCAAUCCGCACUUUACGCCAACUGGCCGAGGACGAAGGACAUCGUUACCCGAAAGGAGCCAUCAUUCUGCUGAGCGACGUCUACAUGGACGACAUCCUGACCGGUGCGGAGACCAUGAAAGAAGCCGAAGUCAUGCUACAACAGCUGAUUAAUAUCUGCAAGGCGGGCGGCUUCUCGCUUAAGAAGUGGUCGGCAAACCACUCGCUACUGCUGAACCAAGUGGGGCCCGACGACCGCCUUCAACAAAAGGCCAGAUGGUGGCUGCCCGGCGAGAGUCACUCCACUCUCGGGUUACGCUGGCAACCCGGGACGAUCGCUUCGCCUUCGCCACCAAACGGAUCAAUCUAUCGACCAUCACCAAAAGGUCGGUACUUUCACUGA